AACUUGGUUGUGGACAACAAUGCGGGCACUCUACUACUAUAUAGUGCUGAUAGCGGCAAUUGGGUGGGCCGCUGCUGCUUCCAGCUAUGAUGUAGAGGCCAAGAAGUUUAUCGAUCAGUCCAGUGAGCGAUACUAUAGACUCUACAACCAGAUUGCAGCUGAAACGUAUGCUUCCAUUAAAGACGAUGAUGAUUUUGAGGCGGUCUUUUCCAAGCUAACAACAGUCAAGCGGAUUGCCAACGAGCUGGUGCAGAUCUCGCGAGAGGCCAGCACCUUUGACCAAAACAAAAUCCAAGAUGCACAGAUCAAGCAUGCGCUUCAGGAGCUGCGCAGUGUGGGCGACCUUUUCGUGCUGGGUGAUGACUACUUUGAGUCGGUUCUUAUUAAUUUGGUGGCACUGCAGGAACUGGCAUCCGACAAGGAUAUCGAGCCCUAUCUGAAUGGUGCUUAUAUGCCCAACGGGGAUGACAGUCCGCUGGCUUACUAUCCCGACAUACAGAAGAUCGUACAGACAAGCAAUAGCUCUGCAGAGCUUCAAUACUAUUGGGAGGCUUGGCGUGAGAAGAACUCGCUAUGGGCGUCGGUGAAUUUCUACACGAUUGUGGAGUCCUUCCAAAGCGCAGCAAAAAUAUUAGAUAUACCGGUUCUGCAGCUUUGGUAUCGCUACAAUAACGACGAUUUUCUGAAGCAGAUGGAGCAGGCUAUGACGGAACUCAUGCCUGCCUAUAAGCAGCUUCAUGCGUUUGUGCGCCAGGAGCUGUACAGGAAGUAUGGUGCCGAUGUCGUCGAUGUCAAUGGGCCCAUUCCAGAUCAUCUGUUCCAGCAGGUGCUGGAGCAGGCCUGGGAGCAGGGCAGCAUUAUUGAGUCGUACUUUCCACGCAUAGAACUGCCCCAGUACGAUGACUUUGUGAAGGAUCUGAGUGCGAAGGAUUUGAUAAACGAGUCCGAGCGCUUUUACACAUCAUUGGGCUUCGACCCGCUCAGCAAGGAGUUCAGAGAGCAGCAAUUAAAGGAGCCGGAUGAAAGCCAACAAAACGAUGACUGCCGGGCAGCCAUUUUUGAUUUGACACCUCAUGUCUACCUGAAGUACUGCGAAAAGGUGAACUUUAGAAAGUUGAUGCAAAAUCACGGCCACAUGGCUCGUGUCUAUUAUGCUCAGCAAAAGAAUCAGUUGCCAGCAUAUUACUUUAACUCUUACGACUUAGAGUAUUCCGUUGGAGAGGCUGUAAUCCUUUCCGCGGCUUCCCCGACCCAUCUCACGUCCAUUGGCUUGGCAAAGGGCGUGCAGUUUACGGACAAGUCUCUGAUGAAUCGUCUGUUCCGAAUGGGCAUUCACACAAUAUUGAAAAUACCGAUGUAUUAUGUGCACACCAAAGUAAUGAACGAUCUACUAAACGGCACUGUCGACAUGGAUACUGUUAAUAGACUCUACUGGAAGCUGAUGGAGCAACAUGCUGGUAUUGAGCCGCCAACUGACCGCCCGGAAAACGCCAUCGACUUCCCCUAUAAAUUCUACGUGAAUAUUGAGCAGAAUCAUCAAACAAAGAAAUUCGUCUCCGAAAUUUUGGGUUAUCAGUUCUACCGCGCCCUGUGCCAAAAGACCGGGCACCGUGGAUUGCUACACAAUUGCGACUUCUACGGUAAUUAUGCUGUCGGGAGCGACUUAAAGUCUAUGAUGUCGUUGGGUUCAUCAAAGCCUUGGCAGGAAGUUAUAGCCAAGAUACUACUUCCCGAUAAUGCUAAUUUGAGCAGUCUGGCACUUUUGGAAUACUAUCAACCCAUUUUAAAUUGGCUGAACGCACACAAUAAGGAGACCAAUGCCAAGAUUGGUUGGACCUCAACCAAGAGAAAAAUUGUAUAAGCGUAUUUCCAAGACCAAUAACGUACGUAUGUUCAAUAAUAAUAUUAUCAAAUUGAAUGUAUUUUAAAAUGUGUGUCUAUACGUUUGAAUAAAAAUCGUUUUAUUUGUA